AUGGAGGAUCUCCUGCCCCUAAGCGACAGGCAGCACGUCCGGAACCCAAAUGAUGUGUCCGGGGUGUAUAUGAGAAAGUACAACAGGGGGCAGUACAAUGAUAGUCCUUUUGUGGAUGAGAUUGUCGAUGCACCAUUCCCAGAGAAUCUGAACUUAUCAGAACUCCUCAAGUACGAUGGAACGCAAGAUCCCCAAGUACACUUGGAUGCCUUUGAUACGGCCAUGUGCAUUAAGGGGAUAGAUGAACAUUUGAUCACGAGACUCUUUGCAACUACGUUGACAGGAGCGGCUCAAACGUGGUUUUCAUCAUUGCCAGCGGGGUCCAUCAGAUCUUUUGAAGAGUUCGACGGAAGAUUUCUGUUGAAUUUUUCCAUUAGCAAGAAACAACCAAAGUCAGAAUUCGCGCUGUGGAAAAUAAGGCAGCAACCCAGUGAAACCUUACAAAAAUACUUGGAUCGAUUUAAAGUGGCAGCGUUGCAAGUUCCAGGAUUGUCUGAAAAUGUCCAUCUGCACCUGGUAAUAGCAGGGUUGCAUGGUUCCUCUAGGUUGGCCAAAUCAAUAUACAAAGACCCGGUUCGAACGCUGGUAGAGUUCACAGCUCGAUCAAAGAAGUAUCUAAAGCUGGAACAGAUGGAAAUUAAGAACAUGGAUCAGAAGCCCCACCAUAACUUGAUAGAGAAGUCCGGAAAUCGAAGACAAAAUGAUUUCCGAGGUAAAAGACAAGACGAAAGAACCCCAAUCAGUGGAAGGUUCGAAAAGUAUGCGCCCUUGAAUUCACCUAGGUCACAAAUCUGGAAGGAGGUGGCCUCCAUCAAGAUGAAAAAGGUUGAUAGACCUCGACCUUUGUUGAAUCAAGCCGGGUUAGACCAAUCUCGAUAUUGUGCCUUUCACGACGGCCCUGGGCAUACUACAGAUGAAUGCUGGGACUUGAGAGAUGCAAUUGAGAGAUACAUCAGGGAUGGCAAAUUGUGUUAG